AGCGCGGCAAGAUGUCGGGUCGCGGGAAGCAGGGCGGCAAGGCGCGGGCCAAGGCCAAGUCGCGCUCGUCGCGGGCCGGGCUGCAGUUCCCCGUGGGCCGCGUGCACCGGCUGCUGCGCAAGGGCAACUACGCGGAGCGCGUGGGCGCGGGCGCGCCGGUGUACCUGGCGGCCGUGCUGGAGUACCUGACGGCCGAGAUCCUGGAGCUGGCGGGCAACGCGGCCCGCGACAACAAGAAGACGCGCAUCAUCCCCCGCCACCUGCAGCUCGCCAUCCGCAACGACGAGGAGCUCAACAAGCUGCUGGGCAAGGUGACGAUCGCGCAGGGCGGCGUGCUGCCCAACAUCCAGGCCGUGCUGCUGCCCAAGAAGACGGAAAGUCACAAAGCCAAGAGCAAGUAAAGCGGUCGGCGGAAGCGUGUGGAGCCCAGAAGCGAACCCCAAAGGCUCUUUUCAGAGCCACCCACAGUCUCGAGAAAGAGCUUGAAAUUCUGCAGCCUAGGUGCGGGGGGAAGGGAAAAACAGGGCGGCUGUGUUUGUGCCGGUGUGUGUGUGUGUGGUUUGGCGUGUGUUCGCUGUAUUUAGCCCGGGCCGGUUCUGGCGGGCUGCGUGUUCAUUGUUGGUACGGGAUGGGUGGGAUCGCUCUGUUCCCGGCGCGCAGGGAGCCGCUGUCCCGGGCCGAUGGCGGCGGAGGGAGCGCGGGAUGUGCCGGAGCCAAUCGCGUCCCGCGCGCGCUUUUGGAAAGGGCGCGGGCGCCAAAGCCGCCCUGGCC